UUUGAGGGGGGACGUGUUGAUGGGACGGCACACCUGGGAAUGCGCAGCAAGGUCUGAUUCAGGAAAGCCUUUGAAAGGAAGUCUUUGGUGUGAAGGCUGUGCCUCCGGCAGGAGGAAGCCGGCUCCCCGACGCAGGCUGCAGGGGAAGGGGCGCGGGCUGCGAGGAGCUGGGGAGAGGCAUUUUCAAGGCAACCAGUUGGCCGCUUUGGAGGGAGACCCAGCACAGAGCCCUGAGCUGAGGACAGAGGUCAGGAGGUUGCGACCCGCUGGGGAAUAAAUGAGUCACCGGCCCCCGCGGGAGCCUGGUGCGCUGCCCCCCGGGCGCCUUGCGUGUUCUAAUGAGUAACAGAAGGUCUCCUGUACCAACAGGCCGCUGGCCACGGCCCCGGCCACUCUCUGCACAACCGAACUUGCUUCUCCUCCACCUCCUUACUGUGGCUUUGAACGGGCUGAGUUGCUGUGCACAUGCGUGCGGCCGGCCGGCCGGCCGAGGAGGCCUGGGCACUGGCGGCCGCCUCAGGACAGUCCCGCAGGACCAGCCGUGCCCCCUGCUGCACCGCCAGCCGAUCGCUGAGGUCCAGGCGGCCCGGCCCCGACGGAGCACAGCCAUCCAGGAAAUACAAGCGAAAAGAGAACAUGUUACGUCUGGAGCACGCUUGGUAAGGACCUGGCUAGCUGUGACAGUUGGCGCACUUCUGGGUGUGACGCCCUCCGCCAGCAGGGAUCUAUCUGGUUCGCGUCCAAACAUCCUUCUUCUGAUGGCGGACGAUUUCGGCAUUGGCGACAUUGGCUGCUAUGGCAACGACACCAUCAGGACUCCAAAUAUUGACCGCCUCGCACGAGAUGGUGUGAUGCUCACCCAGCACCUCGCGGCCGCGUCAGUGUGUACCCCAAGCAGGGCAGCUUUCUUAACGGGCAGAUACCCUCUUCGAUCAGGUAUGGUUUCCAGUAAUGGUUAUCGUGUUCUUCAGUGGACGGGAGUAUCUGGAGGACUUCCGACCAACGAGACAACAUUUGCAAAAAUAUUAAAGGACAGAGGCUAUGCCACUGGGCUAAUAGGAAAAUGGCACCUGGGUCUCAACUGUGAAUCUUCCAACGAUCACUGCCACCACCCUCUCAACCACGGAUUCGACCAUUUCUACGGAAUGCCGUUUUCCAUGAUGGGAGACUGCAUCCGCUGGGAAUUGUCAGAGAAGCGUGCAGGUAUGGAGUGGAAACUCAACGUCUGCUUCCAAAUCAUGGCCGUGGCUGCCCUCACGCUCACCGCUGGGAAACUCACCCACCUGACGUCAGGCUCAUGGACUCCGGUCAUCUGGUCAACCAUAGCUGCCAUCUUACUCUUCACGACCUCGUAUUUCCUGGGAGCCCUGAUUGUUCACGCAGACUGCUUUCUGAUGAGAAACCACACCAUCACUGAGCAACCCAUGCACUUUCCAAGGACGACGUCUCUUAUUCUCAAAGAGGUCUCGUCCUUCAUCCAAAGAAACAAGCAAACACCUUUCCUCCUCUUUGUGUCCUUUCUACACGUGCACACCCCUCUGAUCACCACCGAGAAGUUCCGCGGGAAGAGUGUCCACGGGCUGUACGGGGAUAACACGGAAGAGAUGGACUGGAUGCUGGGGAAGAUCCUUGAUACUUUGGACACGGAAGGCUUGACCAACAGCACCCUGGUUUAUUUCACGUCGGAUCAUGGGGGAUCUUUAGAGUCUCGACUCCGAAACAACCAGUAUGGCGGCUCAAAUGGAAUCUAUAAAGGUGGCAAAGGGAUGGGGGGCUGGGAAGGCGGGAUCCGCGUCCCGGGGAUCUUCCGGUGGCCUGGGGUGCUGCCGGUCGGCCGAGUGAUCCACGAGCCCACCAGCCUGAUGGAUGUUUUCCCCACCGUGGUCCAGCUGGGGGGCGGUGAGGUGCCCCAGGACAGGGUGAUUGAUGGCCGGGACAUGCUGCCCUUGCUGCUGGGGACAGCACAGCACUCGGAUCACGAAUUCCUGCUGCAUUACUGCGAGAAUUUUCUGCACGCAGUCCGCUGGCACCAACGUGACGGAGGAAGACUGUGGAAAGUCCACUACACGACCCCAGUGUUCCACCCACAUGGAGCCGGCGCCUGCUACGGGAGAGGGGUGUGCCCAUGCUUCGGGGACCAAGUGGCCCAUCACGACCCACCUUUGCUCUUCGACCUGUCCAGAGACCCCUCCGAGGCGCACGCCCUCACGCCGGACACGGAGCCCGCCUUUUACCGGGUGAUGGACACAAUCUCACGCGCCGUGGAAGAGCAUCGCCGGACGCUCAGGCCAGUCCCAGUGCAGCUGGACGCGCUGGGAAAUAUCUGGAAACCCUGGCUGCAGCCGUGCUGUGGCCCGUUUCCCCUCUGCUGGUGUGAUCGGGAAAACGGCCAAGCAUAAGCGCCUCCAGGGAGAACCAGGUCCCCCUUCCAGAUCCCUGCAUGUCUUUGCUGGUGUAAUUAAACCUCCCCUAGCGGGUUAAGUUAUCC